AUGUAAAGUGAGAAUAACAAGAUGCAAAUUUUAGAUCUAAAAAGUUCAAAAUUCAUUCGAUCUAAUACAAAUAAGAUUACAAAUCUAACAUAUUUACAAAGACUUGAAAUUUAAAGGAAGUAGUUAAUAAAUGAACCUAUCAAUUGUAAUAAGACAUAAAAUAAUAAUAUUUUAUAUCCUUAUCUUAUUGAAAAAGUAGAAAAUUAAAUUUAAAGAAAUCUCUUAACAACAAAAUCAACAAUGAGGGAUACACAUUCUAAAGUCAAAACCUCAUAUUUAAUAUCCAAAUUUCGAUUAAGAUUAUCUAAAUCUAUUGAAAAAUACAUGAAUAAAUAAGAAGAUCAAACACUUAUAAAAAUCUAAAGUUAUUAAGAGAUGGAUCCAUAAUUAUUGACUCCAAGAUAACUAAUGUUAUAAGCAAGAACUUAAAGUAGAAAAGAAAAAUAUUCUGUAUUCUAUAGAAAAAUUAAGAGAGUUUAAAGUGAUCAUGAAGAUUAAUAUACUACCUAAACUAAUACAAUUAAUAAUAACAAUUCUUACAACAGACCUUUUUCAUAUUACUUUUCUAAAUAAACAAAUUAAAUAAAAUGA